AUGCAUUUAAGUGGUGGCCCAACAGUGGGCCACCACGCACGAGUGCCAAUGUUUGACUGCCUACCUGGUUCUUUGUUUGAGGGGGCAAAAGCCGCUUGCACGAGCUCAACGCCAGCCCCAGAAAGGCGACACGGGGGCGUGACCGCAAUUAUGUCGUCCCGGGAACUUCCAGGCAGGUUCGAUCUUCGUCUAGUGGCCUUCGUCGCCAUCCUAUUGGCCUCGUCCGUGGCGAGCCCUGUGGCGGCCACGUCUGCUCACGUGACCUAUCACGUGGUACGCGUGCCGCUGGUCACUGUGCGCCAGGCGGACGCACCGAUCACGGCCGCGGACCCGCCGGCGUCCACGACGACGGAGCUCACCGAAGAGUACGACGACGACGACGCUGACGUCGUGGCGGGCGGCGCUGGUGAAGUCGACGACGACGACGAGGGGGCGCCCUCUUCCAUGGAAGACGUAACUUCGUCACCGACGACGGCCACGUCGCCCGGAACUUCUGCCGCUCCGACGAGGCCCAGCCUUUCCAACGCGUACUCGCCCGUUCGAGUGUCGGCGGCCAAAGCAGAAACGGAACCACCAGCACCCACUAGCCCAAGCACUACUACUAGAACCACUAAAACCACCACGAUGACCACAAGGCGUCUCACGACCACUACGCCUACAACUACCGCGAGGCGCGCAACUACAGGGGCGGCUCCGCUCCCCGGUGCACCGGUGAGGCGCAGGCUGCCACGAACAAGAUACUCUGCGCCUACCCAGUCCCGGUCGGACGACGCAGCAUACCCGCGCCGCGAGGACAUCCACCCAUGCCAGUACCUCGAGCUGCCCAGCAAGAUACCCGGCGACGUCGAGAUGGUUGCCAUAUGCAAGAACAUCCGGAACCGCCAGGAAAGAACUGUUCAUCUGAAGAAAGGGGAGCCACCGGGAAAGAAGGUUCUUUACAAGAACGUGAACAACGCCAAGAGCAAAGGGAAGAGGGAAAAAAGGACUUACGCCACGCUCCCCCAACACUGCGAACUAAUCAUGGAUUUCGGCUACUCUUGCGAGACAAGCCAGGCCACAACUGAAGACGGUUACGUGCUCGACGUGGACAGGGUGCGCACAGUUUCCAAAGCAAAUGCAUCGAUGCAGACUGAGAACGCUGUCCGUCGGAAUCCCAUAGUACUGAUACCUGGAAUGGCAUGCGAGUCAGGCAUUUGGUUCCUCAACUACCCGACACAGAGUCCAGGCUUCAUCCUGGCCGACCGCGGAUACGACGUGUGGGCCAUGAACACGAGAGAGAUUGCGUUCCGCUCUCACCACAAGAACAUGAGCCAGAAGCACGACCGAUACUGGCAGUGGAGGCAAGGAUUUUCCUCUAAAUAA